AUGGCGUGUGAGAGUGAAGGAGCGAGUGAGAGCAGAGGAAGGAGUGGUAGGGUUUCUAUUGCUACUGAAGUAGGGGAUGAGGAAGAUGGGAGUGACCUAGAUGGAUUUGUGUCUACUAUUGAGAUUUAUGUGGGGAUUUUCUAUGCCUUGUCUUUGUCCCUGCGUUUUGCAGAGGAUGAGUCUUCCAAACUUUACAUAGUGUACAUGGGUGAUGUUAGGUCCCCAGAUAUACAAGAUUAUUCCCAAACAGCAGCAACUGAGUCCCACCUUUCAUUGCUUCACUCUGUACUUGGAAGCCAUAAGGCAGCAGAGGAAUCUUUGGUUCAUAGUUAUUGGAAGAGCUUUAAUGGAUUCGCAGCUUGGCUUUCUUCAUCUCAUGUCCAAUACCUCUCAAAUACAGACGGUGUAGUUUCGAUGUUUGAAAGCAAAAAUGCUCAACUCUUGACAAGUAGGUCAUGGGAUUUUGUGGGACUCCCUCUGAUUCAGCAAACCAAUGAUUUGGAGUAUCAAAGUGACGUAAUUGUUGGCGUUCUAGAUACAGGGGUGUGGCCAGAAUCAGAAAGUUUCGAUGAUGCUGGAUUGGGUCCCAUUCCCUCAAAAUGGAGGGGAGCGUGCCAAACAACACCCGACUUCAAAGCUUGCAAUAAGAAAAUAAUAGGUUCAAAGUAUUAUUAUAAAGGCUUGGAAUCUCAACCAGAUGCUGGUGAGUUCAUCUCUCCAAGAGAUUCAAAUGGCCAUGGAACACACACCUCCUCCAUAGCUGCUGGAAGCAUUGUCAGAAAUGCCAGCCUUUUUGGAUUAGCCCAAGGAGACGUGCGUGGAGGAGUACCUGGUGCAAGAAUUGCUAUAUACAAGGUUUGUUGGUCAGAUUCUUGCAGCGAUGUAGAUCUCCUUGCCGCAUUUGAUGAUGCAAUCUAUGAUGGUGUAGAUGUCAUUUCUGUUUCAAUUGGACAUGGUGGACCCUUCUUACCACUUGACUACUUUGAAGAUAGCAUUGCAAUAGGAGCAUUCCAUGCAAUGAAGAGAGGAAUCUUGACAUCAAAUGGUGCUUGUAACGAUGCCAUAGAGGGAUCUGUUUGCAAUUUUUCCCCCUGGUCUCUGACAGUGGCUGCAAGCACCAUUGAUCGCCAGUUCAAGUCACAACUUACUUUGGGAAAUCAAAUGUCUUUCGAGGGGCAUGCUAUAAACACAUUCACAAUGGAGCAGCCUUGGUAUCCUUUAGUAUAUGGCGGAGAUGCUGCUAAUGUUUCUGUCGGAUUUUCUUCAGAUGACUCACGUGGUUGCGGGUUAUAUUCCCUGGAUCGUGGCAUAGUCGAAGGAAAAAUAGUACUUUGCUACUUAGAUCCACUCCAUUGGACGGAUGGAGGAGUGUAUGUCUCUGGAGGGGCAGGUACCAUAAUAUUGUAUGAUGAUAGUAAUGAUACAGCUGUAUCAUUCAUGAUCCCUGCCACAGUUAUUUCAACCGAACAUGAAAAGAUUUUUAGGAUGAUCCUGGCUGCAGAUGGGCCCUCCAAGAUUAAAGUGUCUGAAACAAAAAGCGUGGCUGGGAAUGAUUUACCUGCACCUAUAAUAGCUUCAUUCUCAUCUAAAGGUCCCAGCAAAAUCACACCAGAUCUUCUAAAGCCUGACAUCACUGCACCAGGUGUAGAUAUUCUAGCGGCCUGGUCAAAAGCUGCACCAAUGAGCACGGAUUUUUUGGACAAAAGAAAAGUGGAUUUUAACAUAGUUUCUGGAACAUCCAUGGCAUGCCCUCAUGCCACAGGAGCAGCUGCCUAUGUCAAGUCAUUUCAUCCUGACUGGUCUCCUGCUGCUAUCAAAUCUGCUCUCAUGACCACAGCAUCAACAUUGGAUGCAACAUUGGACGGCAAUGAAGCUGCAGAAUUAGGAUAUGGCGCAGGGCAGAUUAAUCCACUCAAGGCCAUCAAUCCAGGGCUUGUGUAUGACGCCGACGCAAAUUCUUAUAUCAACAUGCUAUGUAGCCAAGGAUACAGUGAAACAUCUUUACGUUUGCUGACAGGAGAAUUUAUCAGUUGUUCUUCAAGUUUAUCUAAAAAUGGAGUAUGGGAACUUAACUAUCCUUCCUUAAUGGUCAUUAGCGAUGCAAGCGAGCCCAUUUUUGCUCAAUUUCCAAGGACAGUUACAAAUGUAGGACCUGCAAAAUCUACGUACCAAGUCAAAAUAGAGGUACCGUUUGGAAUGAACGUGACAGUGGAACCCAAAACACUCACUUUCACGUCCUCCAACCAGAUGAAGUCAUACAAUGUGAAAAUUGAAAGUCGAAUUGUACCAGAUGAUUACGCUUUACUAUCGGGCGCAUUGACUUGGAGCCAUGGCAAUUACAGUGUACGCAGCCCCAUUCUUGUAUAUUAUAAUGUGAAAAAGUGA